AUGGCUUCACCGCACGAGAUCCAAACAAAAUUGGAAAAUAUAGUAGAUAGAAUGUCUGAGCAGAUGGAAGCCUACAAAAAAACCGGCCAUUACGAGACUUUGUUUCAUGUGAAAAAGAUGUUCCUAUUGAAAAAGCCUCUUGAAUACUUGCCCCGGAAGUUUAACGACGCAAAACUUUGGAAGCAGUUCCAAGCAACGAUGUUCAAACAUAGAUUUGUUGCAAAGCAUGCUUAUAUUUGCAAUUUUUGCAACAAAUAUCACAAGACUUCGUCAGAUUGCCUAGAGUGCAGCCUUGGAGAGCAAAUCCACAACCACGAAAAUUAUGGUAAAAACUCACCACGAGGUGGAAUGAUUCCCCAGGAGUAUAGUCACUACCAGUAUAAUGAGUGCCAAAAACGGCCGUUAAACAGAGAAGAAAAGCAUGAAGUUGCACAUGUCAACAGACUCAUUCAAUUGAAGAAUUGUAAAUUGCUCGAUGUUGCCACUCGUGAUCAAAUCAAGAGGUAUAUGGAUUUGAGAUUGAACGAUACAAACAAAUUCUAUGUUCAAUUGUAUGCGCGCCACCUUGUCGGCGGUCAAGGAUUUGAGAGGAAUCUACGUUGUUACAGUAUGGAGGACUUGUACAUUGAUCUCGACAUCGAAAACGCAUUUCCAAGCAUUACCUCACAAUUGAGCAAGAAACUGAAAUUACCCAAAUGCAAGAAUUUGACCGAGUACGUUAGAAAGCGUGAUACGAUCCUUCAGAAAUACGGGUUGAAUAAGAAGUCCGUUUUGGAAGCGCUCAACAAAUCAUAUGAAGUUCCCAGUCACCCGUUCAUCAAAAGCAUUCAUAAAUUUAUAUACGAAACUUUCCUCCCACCUUUCAAGGAAAUGCCCGAAUUCCAGGAACUUUGGGCAAUUACCAAGAAAAACAAAAACGACGGAAAUAGGGAUGGUUCGUUCUACAGCAAAGUUCUUCAAUAUCAUGAAAACAUCAUUCUUGGCGAAAUGGAGACGUUCCUGGAGAGCAGUGGUUAUGAAGUACCUGUUCUCGUAUUCGACGGCGUUCAAGUUCUCCGAAACGAAAAGAACUUACCGGUUGACCAGACUCUUAUUAAUAACUUGCAGCAACAUGUCAACAAAACAACUGGCCUUCUCCAUCGUCAUCAAAGAAAAGCCAAUGAACUACGAGAUCAACUUGCCAAAAACGCUAUUCUCCACAGAAGUCAUGAUGCGGUCGCUCGCUUUCUUAUUGUUUUGUGGAGAGAUGAUUUCUACUACAAGAAUAAGGUCUGGUGGUACUUUUCAUCCCAUCGGUGGACUUGCGAUUCCGGCGAGUUCUUUCAACAUCGCCUUUUGACAGAAUUGAUGCCUCUAUUGGAAGAAAAGACAAAAUGGAAAAGUCAUCAAAGCGACGAGCGCUUAAUUGACAAAUUGGAGUUUCGGAAUGGAAAGCCAAACGAUUACUGUCUCCUGCAAAUUGGCUAUGACUAUAUCGAGUAUGAUCCGCAUGAUGAGACAACGGUUCGUUUGGAAAGUCAAAUUGACAAAGUUCUACCGAUUCCGGAAAAAAAGGAAUAUGUUAUGAAAACCUUCGCUUCAUCUCUGGGGUGUAAUCACAACGAUAAGUUCAAUAUUAUGGUCGGCCCGGGCGCACAAGGAAAAUCGUUCCUUGUAGGAUUAAUGACCGAAAGUAUGGAUGUUUACGCAACGAGUUGGAACUCAUCCAUUUUGGUGAACGACUUUAACGGGGACAAAGCGAACCCGGAGUUGGCAGAUGGUAAAUAUAAACGUUUCAUUGAGAUCCAAGAAAACAAGAAAGAAAAAGCCCUCAAUAUGGAGAACGUUAAAAAACUAACCGGCUACGAUCCAGUCCGUGCGAGAAAUCUCUAUGAGAACGGUUCCAACUUUGUCAUCAAAGCAUUGCUGUUUUUGUCCGUGAAUGAUCUACCUGUCAUCUUAGAAGUCGAUAAUGAUCCGGCAUUAUGCGAUCCUGACAAGCAUAUCUAUCUUGCGGACGAGGGAGCCAAACGAAACCGAGGGUUUCAAGCACCGUACUUCAUGUCCAUUCUAAUCAAAUAUUACAAAUUGUAUAAGGAAGAAGGAAUCCGGACGCCGCAAUCCAUUCUCGAUGAUACGAUCAAGUACAAGAGAAAUAACGACAUCUAUCAGACGUUUUUUGAUGAGUGCUGUCUCCAUGCACCUGAAAACAAGAUUCUAGUGGAGGAUAUCCACAAAGAAUGUAUCGAGUGGGCCAAACGGCAACAAAAUAAGAACAUACGCAUUAACCGAAACGAUAUGUUGAAAUGGUUACAAAACUAUGCUAGAUCACAAGAUGAUAUAACUUACAACAAGUGUCUUCGAGUUACAAAAUAUGUAGACGGUAAAGGGAUGUCGAAAGUUUCCACCGGAUUCCAAGGUAUCAAAUUGAACCGAUAUGAGAUGCUUCCGCAACAAUCGUAUUCAGUAUGUGAAGACUCGGCGGAUGAGUAA